CAUACAUUGACUGCACUUUUAAAACACAAGUCAUUCAAUGCAUAGCAUUCAGUGACUGCUAUUGUAUUGAUUAGUCUCUCAUAGCAUUGCCUUUCAGUCACUAUUUCGCUACAAAACUGAUCAUAACUUCAAUCACAUCCGUGUCGUUGACAUAAGAGUGACCACCAAUUCAGUGAACGACUAGCAGACAACGGCGACAAUGGCGCAGAUACUGCCCAUCAGAUUUCAAGAGCACCUCCAGCUCACGGCCAUCGGUAUCAAUGCUGCGAAUAUCAGCUUUAAUACCCUAACCAUGGAGUCCGACAAAUAUAUCUGUGUCCGCGAGAAGGUGGGCGACUCGGCACAGGUAGUCAUCAUCGAUAUGGCCAACAGUCAGACACCGAUCCGACGGCCCAUAAGCGCCGACUCCGCUAUUAUGAACCCACAGACCAAAGUCAUCGCAUUGAAAGCGAUGCGAACGCUUCAGAUAUUCAACAUUGAGAUGAAGUCUAAGAUGAAGGCCCACACCAUCAAUGAGGACGUCGUCUUCUGGAAGUGGAUUAACGUCAAUACCAUAGCAUUGGUGACGGAGACCGCAGUGUUUCACUGGUCUAUGGAAGGGGACUCUUUGCCCGCGAAGAUGUUCGACAGACACACGUCGCUCAACGGCUGUCAAAUAAUUAACUACCGGUGCGAUCAUUCCCUGAAGUGGUUGCUGUUGAUUGGGAUCUCCGCUCAGCAAAACCGAGUGGUGGGUGCGAUGCAGUUAUAUUCCGUGGAGCGGAAGGUUAGCCAACCCAUCGAAGGCCACGCGGCGGCGUUCACUCAAUUCAAAUGCGAGGGAAAUCCCGAACAGUCCACCCUUUUCUGCUUCGCCGCCCGAACACAAGCCGGCGGAAAGUUGCAUGUCAUCGAAGUGGGAACGCCUGCGACCGGGAAUCAGCCGUACUCUAAGAAAGCGGUGGACGUGUUCUUCCCGCCCGAAGCACAGAACGACUUUCCCGUAGCGAUGCAGAUGUCGCCCAAGUAUGACAUCGUUUACCUGAUCACGAAAUACGGUUAUAUCCAUCUCUACGACGUGGAGACCGGCACCUCGAUGCAGAUGUCGCCCAAGUAUGACAUCGUUUACCUGAUCACGAAAUACGGUUAUAUCCAUCUCUACGACGUGGAGACCGGCACCUGUAUCUACAUGAACCGAAUCAGCGCCGACACCAUCUUUGUGACCGCGCCCUACGACCUGACCAGUGGUAUCAUUGGCGUCAACCGCAAGGGACAGGUGCUCUCUGUGAGCGUUGAGGAGGAGAACCUCAUUCCAUACAUUACAACAACACUCCAAAACCCGGACCUGGCCUUCAGGAUCGCCGCCCGCAAUAACCUGACCGGUGCUGACGACCUGUUUGUCCGCAAAUUCAACACAUUAUUCACGAACGGCUCGUACGCCGAGGCGGCGAAAGUGGCGGCGAAUGCACCCAAAGGUAUACUCCGAACGCCGCAAACCAUCCAACGCUUCCAACAGGUGCCCACUCAGGCCGGACAGACGUCCCCACUGUUGCAGUACUUCGGCAUUCUCUUAGAUCAGGGUCAGCUCAAUAAGUACGAGUCGCUGGAGUUGUGUCGACCAGUCCUCCAACAAAACCGCAAACAACUGCUCGAGAAGUGGUUGAAAGACGACAAACUCGAGUGCAGUGAAGAGUUGGGCGAUUUGGUGAAGUCGGUGGACCCGACCCUCGCGCUGUCGGUCUACCUGAGAGCUAACGUUCCCAAUAAAGUGAUCCAAUGUUUCGCAGAGACGGGACAGUUCCAGAAGAUUGUUCUGUACGCCAAGAAAGUGGGCUAUUCUGCCGAUUACGUGAGUCUACUCCGACAGGUGAUGCGCACAAACCCAGACCAGGGCGCAGGCUUUGCACAGAUGUUGGUGGCCGACGAGGAACCGUUAGCUGAGAUCAACCAGAUUGUGGACGUGUUCAUGGAGUCCAAUCUGGUGCAACCCUGCACCGCCUUCCUGUUGGACGCCCUCAAGAAUAACAGGCCCACAGAGGGUCCCCUCCAGACUCGGCUCCUGGAGAUGAAUCUGAUGACUGCCCCGCAAGUGGCCGACGCCAUACUUGGCAACCAAAUGUUCACACAUUACGAUAGGGCACACGUCGCCCAACUGUGCGAAAAGGCUGGCCUUUUACAGCGAGCGCUCGAACACUACACUGAUUUGUACGAUAUUAAGAGGGCUAUAGUGCACACCCAUCUCCUGAACCCCGAAUGGCUCGUCAAUUACUUCGGGUCCCUAUCGGUGGACGACUCCAUUGAGUGUCUGAAGCAAAUGCUGACCAAUAAUAUCCGUCAGAAUCUGCAGAUCUGCGUACAGGUGGCCACCAAAUAUCACGAACAACUGUCCACCACUUCCCUCAUCGAACUGUUCGAGUCGUUUAAGUCAUACGAAGGGCUCUUCUACUUCUUGGGCUCUAUCGUCAACUUCAGUCAAGACCCGGACGUCCACUUCAAGUACAUCCAGGCCGCCUGCAAAACGGGUCAAAUCAAAGAAGUGGAGCGCAUCUGUCGCGAGAGUAACUGUUAUAACGCCGAACGCGUGAAGAACUUUCUAAAAGAGGCGAAACUGACGGAUCAGUUGCCGCUAAUCAUCACUUACUGGACUCAACUGACUUCGACACACGCCUCGCAAAACAAUGGCUUAAACGCCAGACAGUCGUCCAAAGAGGACGACGACUGGGAAACGGAUCCAGACUUUGUCAACGAUGUCACUGAACAGCAGCAACGGUGGGGCGGCACCGGGCGUACGGCCGGCGCCAUCGAUAUCGCUGAAUUGCGUGAUAACGUGACCCACGAGGACGAGACCAUACGCCAGAACUGGGCGCACGAGUCGCAGACGGACGCCAAGAAGGGCUUCGGCGGUGCGUUUGGCGUCCAAUCGGAUCGCGUGGACAAGAGUGCCGUCGGCUUUGAAUACCACGAGAAGCUCGCGGCUCACGCCUCGCAGAAAGACCAUUCAUCGGGAUUUGGGGGCAAAUUCGGUGUCCAAUCGGAUCGCGUGGAUAAGAGUGCCGUCGGUUGGGAUUAUAAGGAGAAACUCAAUCAACACGAUUCACAGAAAGACCACUCAGUGGGCUUCGGCGGUAAGUUUGGCGUCCAGAAGGAUAGGGUGGACCAGUCGGCCGUCGGGUGGGAGUAUCACGAGAAGCUACAGCAACACGAGUCACAAAAAGACCAUUCGGUGGGCUUCGGCGGCAAAUUCGGUGUCCAGUCGGACAGAGUGGACAAGUCUGCGGUCGGCUGGGAAUACCACGAGAAGCUGCAGCAACACGAGUCACAAAAAGACCACUCGAAGGGUUUUGGCGGCAAAUUCGGCGUCCAAUCGGAUCGCGUGGACGCGUCGGCCGUUGGCUGGGAACACCACGAAAAGGUGGACAAACACGAGUCGCAGACGGACUACUCGAAGGGCUUCGGCGGCAAAUACGGCGUCCAAUCGGAUCGCGUGGAUAAGGGGGCGCACGGGUGGGACGAAGUGACCAAAACGGAGAAGCACUCGUCGCAGACGGACGGGUCGCGCGGCUUCGGCGGCAAGUUUGGCGUCGAGUCGGACCGCGUGGAUAAGUCGGCCCAUAGUUGGGCGCCGGAGUCGGCGGCGCCGCCUAAAGGGCAACGAAGCGGCGCCGGUGUGGAUAAGCCGGCCGUUUCCAAGGGGAGCGCCAAUAGUCUGAGGGCUCGGUUCGAGAAUAUGGCGAAACAGGACGAGACGGAAGUGAAACGACGGGCCGAUGAGGAGCGCAGCCGUCGCUUAGAGAGGGAACAGCAGGAGAAGGAGGCGGCGAAGAAGGCUGAAGAGGACAGACAGCAGAAGCUGAAGCUGGAGAGGGAGCGCAGGGGUGGCAGUGAUAACGAGGAGGAACAGGAGGUGGAGGUGCGCCAGAGGGACAGUUACAGAGAGGAGGCGCCGGCGAGAGAGUCGGUGUCCAGUCCUCGUGUGAACAAAAUCGGUAUUUCGGUGUUUCCUAAGAUGGAACCACAGGUGCCGGCGUCGCCCAAAGCGCCCGAACCCCCGGUCCAGUCGUAUGAGACGCAUGAGAGCGACGACUCUAAAUGGGAGGCCCGGCAGGAGUCGGUCCGUCAGUCGCAUCCCCUGACCGGCGCCAUCGCGCAGGAAGUGAUUAAAAGCAGUAAUACUUACCGAUCGGAGGAACCGGAGGUGGAAGAGGAGGACGAGAGACAGGAUUUCGGCGAUAAGAAGACGACGCCUGCGGCCAACAACGGGUCGGCGCCGGGAGCCGCGUCUGGACUGACGGCUACGGCGCUGUACGACUACGAGGCGGCCGACUUCGACGAGAUCUCCUUCGAUCCCGAAGAGGUGAUCAGCGAUAUAGAGAUGAUCGACGAGGGCUGGUGGAGGGGUAGGUGCCGGGGAAAGGUAGGCCUCUUUCCCGCCAAUUACGUCCAAUUGAAUGAGUGAUGAAUCAGUCAUUUGUUUAGCGGUGGAAGCGAUGCAGACAUUGAUUGAAGUGUUUGUGUUAUUAUAGCAAUCAUUGAGUAAUACUGUAUUUCUAAUGGUAUUUGAAUAAUGCAAACAAAUUAGAGAUUUUUUUAUUUGUAUAAUUUAUUUAAUUAUUUAAAACACGAUUAAUGAGUUUGACUGAUGAGACA